AUGACAUGGCGAACGAAGGAAGGCAUUCAAACUGCCAACUAUUUUGGGUCUGUCACCCAGUCAUCAACUGUUCAUCUCGGAUGGGAUGGCCAGCAGCAGAUCCACGUGCCAUUCAAGGAUAUCAUACCGAUUCUUUCACCCAAUGAUCUCAUCAUCGACGGCUGGGAUAUCAACAAUCAAAAUCUCUAUCAGGCAAUGAUCCGAGCUAAGGUAUUCGCACCCGAAUUACAAGAGAAACUACGACCAUAUAUGGAACCGAUAGUGCCAAUGCCAUCGAUCUACUAUCCGGAUUUUAUCGCGGCUAAUCAGGGUGAUAGAGCAAAUAAUGUUGUCCCGGGCACCAAUAAGAAGGAGCAUCUGGAGCACAUCCGUCGCGAUAUUCGCAAUUUCAAGGAAAAACAUGACUUGGAAUGCGUGAUUGUGUUAUGGACAGCAAACACGGAGCGAUAUACUGAUGUCGUGGAUGGCUUAAACAUGACGGCUGAACAGAUACUCGCUUCUGUUGACGCUAGCGCGGACGAGAUAUCGCCAUCGAACAUCUUCGCUAUCGCAUCCAUCUUGGAAGGCGCUCACUACAUCAAUGGAUCGCCGCAGAACACCCUCGUGCCCGGUAUUAUCGAGCUAGCCCGCAAGGUUAGUGAAACUUGGCCUAUUAUUGAAUUAGUAUUACUAUUACCCUGCCAUUAG